AUGUCUCUGAUCCUGCCACAGCAACUAUUGCAAGAGAUAUGGAUGCAGCACGGAGACGAGCACCAUUGGAAUUGGGGGACCGCAGAGAUCACCGUGCUUUCAGCGAGGGAUGCCAUCUUGACCCAGCAGCAUAUCCGCAUUCCAGUCAAGACAGGCACCUCCCACUUUGUACCUGCAAGAACUGGGGUUGGUAGGGCAAAGAGACAGCAACAUCAAAGGAAACUCGAUCAUCGUUUUCUUUCAAGGCAACGUCGUUUAACAAGAAGAGAAACCACCCUCGAGGAGAAACAAUCCAUCUGCUCGCCCUCUGUGCCAGGGCUGGUAUCGGAGACAAAGACAUAUUGCAAUUCCCUAGACUGCAGGCACAUGUUUGAUCCUUCGGAAAUUAUUCUGCUUGCUUCAAAACUUCAGAAUACUAAGCUGACUGUAACCUUGAUUGAUAUUUUGCAUGGCCUUGGCGGCUUGACACAGGACGCCGUCUGCUCGUCUGCUUCAAAAACGCCACUGGCGAAGCAAAAUUAUCAUCGUGGACCCCCGGUCAUACGUCCUCCUCCUAGGCAAAAGAUUACAUCGAGAUUUGGACUUCGUCUUGCUUAUCUUGAUUUUAUACCCUCCACUGGGACGUUUGAUGACAAACAAUGGAACGGAGAUAUUUCAAGAAGCAAAGUAGGGGCGUUGUCGGCUAAGAGCGAUGGCGGUGCCAAACUGCAAGGAAUCACGCCUUCGACGGCCGGACCGGCCACCGAUCCAGGCUCAUGCUCCAACUCCGAGUAG